AUGCCCUCAAUUUCGCAACUGUUGGACUCGUACGGCCGUAGCUCGUUCGCGGUGCAGUUUGUCAACCAAAUGACCUUGUUCGCCGCCAUGAUUGGCGAGGCGUGCGCCAAGUCCCAGGAGCCCGGAGCCGACGCCGUGUUUGCCGUUAUAUUCCCGCUCUAUAAAGAGGUGGCCGAGAAAAACAACGAACUCAAACCGUUUAGAGUGGCGCUGACUAACGCCCUCUACGACGCCUCCCUCAACACCACCAAAGCCCGCAUCGACACUGUCUUAUGGUAUAUACGAGAGAGAGAGAGAGAG